AUGAACCAUUUUUUUCUUUGCUUAAAAAAACCCUGGCUAAAGCACACUUAGUCUACAUUAAAUUCUGACUGAAUCAAAUGUGAGAAGUAGUGCCAGUUGUAAAAAAUUGGUAUCUUAAGAAAAAAUUUUUGAGAUUUGUGAAAAUUUUGAAAAGAGAAAAUUUAGUAAAUCAUUGUGUUAAUUUAAUUAUAUUUAAUAAGAAUGGACUCAUUCUUAAGAAAAGGUUGACUAUUUUUUGGAAAUGGUAUUUAGGAUGAAAAUUAAAGGAGUUGAAUAAUUUAAAUAAAUUUAUAUCGGUAUUGAACCAUAAUUUACAAUUACUGAAUGAUAAGUUAAAACCAAUUAUAAAUUUAGAAUUUAAAGUACAUUUGAAAAUAAGAAAAGUGAAUUCAGUGAAAUCUUGAUAACUACAUCUUAAUCAUAAUCUAUUGAGGAUAGUCUAUUAAUUUCUAAGAAAAUAAUAAAUAAUGAUAACUAGGCUUUAUUUGAGAAACCUGGAUUAAUAUUAGGCAUAAAUCCAUUUUAUUUUGGAGUAAGGUCUUGGGAAAUCAAAUUUCUAAUUAAUGGAAUUAUUGAAGAUUUGAGAGCCAGCUUGAUUGUUUGA